CUGUCUAUUGGAAGUAUUCAGGUUCUCACGAUAAGAUAAUCUGCAUUGUGUCUGAGUCGGUCUUCGUAGCCACGUCGUCAACCAUGGAGCUGUGUCUACUCUUUGUCGUCUUGGUCGCCGGGGCUCAGGCCCAGUUUCUGCUUAGACAUGGAACCUGCGCCAACCGAUGCUUCACCAACAACGACUACGCCCAGUCCUGCCAGUGUGAUUAUGACUGUGAGGACAUCGGCAACUGCUGCGGCGACUUCUGGACCAGGUGCAGAGGAUCCGAGUACGGCCUUGUUGUGACAACGCAGGAAAUGAACACUUUCGUACAAGGUAUCUGGGACAACGAUGUCAACAGAAUAGAUUCCAGCCUCUUUACACUAAACUACCAAGGAAAAAUAAUUUCCCCCGACAUCUCAGAUGGGGCUCCCGAUAGAUUCAUCCAGCCAGUGGGCACUGGUCUGGACGACCUGUUCGACACAACCAACACCACCUACCAUGCCUUCAUAAGACUCCUGAACAACUAUGAAAUCAACGUCCAACAUGAUGAACACCGCCCAGAACAUGAAAUUAAAGAGGAAGACACCUUCUGGAACACCAUCGUUCAGACAAAGGUCAUGCAGAUGACUUUCCAGUUCCUGCUAAAUAAUGGCUUCAUAAAGAGUGACAUGCACGCAUUCCGUACCGUCAUCAAUGAAAUGUGGUUCGAACUGUAUCCAAAGAGUCACGCUACCGUAAAAUCUGACAGUGGAUUCGAACACAUCAUGAUAGGCGAGAAAACACAGCACCAUCAACACGCCCAACAGAACCAAUCCGCCACCAUCGGCGGCUUCGGGAACUGGGUACAGUUCUACCAGGAGGAGAAGGCCGGGAAUCUGGAUUAUUACGGUUAUAUUAAGUAUACCCAGGACCCAAAUGUCGUCGACGUUCUUUUCAACUGGAAGAAUGCUCUUGCUAAAGGAAAGACAUUCUUUGUCGGUACAAGCCCUGAGUUUGAUCUGGCCUUGUACACAGUGUGUGGCCUGGCCUAUCCCAACAAGGAUUGCCCCAUUGUCAUCAACGGCCACCGCUAUAGAGUAGACGCUACAACGGGGCGCCACCAGGAGGUACUGCAGCUCACGUCAGCGACUCUCAAGUUCCAAGAUCCUUCAGCUACUACUACGACAGCACCAGCUCUGGAUUACUAAUUGUCCGCAUUGUCUCAAUAAACACUUCUUGUAGUCAUA